CAGGGAGCACAAGCCUUUGGCUCCAUCCUCUGCCAGCUUCUCCACUGCUCAGACAUCUCCCUGCCUCCAGCAUGACCUGUGGCUUCAGCUCCGUGGGCUGUGGAUUCAGCGGCCGUGCCUUCAGCUCCAUCUCCGCCUGCGGGCCCCGGCCCGGCCGCUGCUGCAUCACGGCCGCCCCCUACCGCGGCAUCUCCUGCUACCGCGGCCUCACCGGGGGCUUCGGCAGCCGCAGCGUCUGCGGGGGCUUCCGCGCCGGCUCCUGUGACCGCAGCUUUGGGUACCGCUCCGGUGGCGUGUGUGGCCCCAGCCCGCCCUGCAUCACCACCGUGUCGGUCAACGAGAGCCUCCUAGCGCCCCUCAACCUGGAGAUCGACCCCAAUGCACAGUGCGUGAAGCAGGAGGAGAAGGAGCAGAUCAAGUGCCUCAACAGCAGGUUCGCUGCCUUCAUUGACAAGGUGCGCUUCCUGGAGCAGCAGAACAAGCUGCUGGAGACCAAGCUGCAGUUCUACCAGAACCGCGAGUGCUGCCAGAGCAACCUGGAGCCGCUGUUCGACGGCUACAUCCAGACACUGCGGCGGGAGGCCGAGUGCGUGGAGGCCGACAGCGGGAGGCUGGCCUCGGAGCUCAACCACGUGCAGGAGGUGCUGGAGGGCUACAGGAAGAAGUAUGAAGAAGAAGUUGCACUUCGGGCGACGGCAGAGAACGAGUUUGUGGCUCUAAAGAAGGACGUGGACUGCGCCUACGUCCGCAAAUCAGACCUGGAGGCCAACGCAGAGGCCCUGACCCAGGAGAUUGAUUUCCUGAGGCAACUAUAUGAUGAGGAGAUCCAAGUUCUCCAAGCCAACAUCUCAGACACCUCGGUCAUCGUCAAGAUGGACAACAGCCGGGACCUGAACUUGGACUGCAUCGUCGCUGAGAUCAAGGAGCAGUACGAUGACAUCGCCAGACGCAGCCGGGCUGAGGCUGAGUCCUGGUACCGCAGCAAAUGUGAGGAGAUCAAGGCCACGGUGAUCCGGCAAGGGGAGACCCUGCGCCGCACCAAGGAGGAGAUCAACGAGCUGAACCGCAUGAUCCAGAGGCUGACGGCCGAGGUGGAGAACGCCAAGUGCCAGAUCUCCAAGCUGGAGGCAGCAGUGACCCAGUCUGAGCAGCAGGGCGAGGCUGCCAUUAAUGAUGCCCGCUGCAAGCUGGCUGAGCUGGAAGGCGCCCUGCAGAAGGCCAAGCAGGACAUGGCCUGCCUGGUCAGGGAGUACCAGGAGGUGAUGAACUCCAAGCUGGGCCUGGACAUCGAGAUCGCCACCUACCGGCGCCUGCUGGAGGGCGAGGAGCAGAGGCUGUGUGAAGGCAUUGGAGCUGUGAAUGUCUGUGUCAGCAGCUCCCGGGGCGGGAUUGUCUGCGGGGACCUCUGCGUGUCCGGCUCCAGGCCCGUGACGGGCAGCGUCUGCAGCGCCCCCUGCACCGGGAACGUGGCGGUGAGCACUGGCCUGUGCGCGCCCUGCGGCCAGCUCAACACCACCUGUGGAGGGGGUUCCUGCGGCCUGGGGAGGUGUUAGGCAGCCCCCAGGGAGAGCCAGAGAGGUCCCCUCUGCCUGCCAGACAUGUCACUGUCCCACCACCAGCUGAGAACAGCAGCGCCUCAGUAGCUAUCCCCCCGUGUUCUGAGAAUACACCACGCAGCUUGUGUCCAUCAGCCACUCCUCUUCUCGUCUUGUCCGACUGGAAGGGGGUGCUGUGCCUGGGAAGGGACCCCUCCAUUCUGCUGUUUUGGCCUUUGGCCCCACCCAGGAAGAAGGGCUCUCCUUUCCUGGAGGGAGCACCACUGGACCCACUCCCCUAACUCUCUGGCCUCUUGUCCCCUGUUUUUCCAAUAAAUUGAGGGACCUGC